UCUUUCUGUUCCCCGCAGAAUGAGUUGGAGAGCUUCGCCCAGAGCUCCCUCGCCCUCAGCCAGCCUUCCAACCCGGCCUUCCAGACCUCUUUCCAGCCUCUCAACCUGAAGGAGUCCCUGCAGCUGAUCAGGGACUUCCACGCUCACGUCAAGGUCGAGUGGAGCCCCCGGAAAGUCGUCAAAAAGAACAUGAACGACUUUUCUUGCUUGCCGAAGCAAGUGGCCUGGAUCCUGGCCACGCGGAGAGUUUUCCUCUACCCAGAGCUGCUCCCCACCUGCUCCUUCAAAGCCAAAACACCCAGGGACAAGGUGGUCUUCACCAAAGGAGAAGACAACUUGUUGGCCCUGGGUCUCAAGCACUUCGAAGGCACCGACUUCCCCAAGCCCCUCAUCAGUAAGUACCUUCUGACCACCAAGACGGCCCACCAGCUGACGGGACGGAUCAAGAACCGAAAUAUGAACCGGGUCCCCGACAACAUCAUCCGGUAUUAUAAAACCACGAAGCAGCUUCCGGUUUUGCCCCGUCUUUGCGAGGAAAUUCAACCCGGCGAUUGGAAACCGCCUGCGGAGCAGGAAGAGCAGCGCUUGCCCUUCUGGUUAAAGGCCAGCUUGCCCUCCAUCCAAGAGGCCAUAGAGCAGCAGCGUGCUAGAGUGGCCUCCCAGGACCCCGACACGGAUACCAAGGCCGGGAGCGAGCCGGCCGAUCCCGCCAACCCCGAGUGCCCUCUGCGCAUGCCCGAGGGCCUCCAGCUCAUCCUGAGACCCCUAAACAGCCGCUUCUGCCGCCGAAUGUGGCGGUGGCAGCGUCCGGCCGUCGCCAAACCCUUCCUGGUCCAACCGUGUUUGACCCCGGCCGGGACAGGCAGCUACCUGAAAAUGAGCGCCAAGCAACCCUUGUCCGCCGCAGCAGCGGCCCCGGGCAAAUUGGCUCAUGUCUCCCCCUUGCCGCAACCCUCCUCAUUGGUCCAGCCGUUGUCGGCCGUGCCCCACCUGAACCUACCCACCUCCGCCCUGGGCCACGGCCCCCCUUUCACGCUGCGAGGCGUCCUCUCCGCUCGGCCGGCAGGACCCCGUCCGUGUUUGGCCCCCGCGGUGCCCCCCAACGUGGUCUCUUCCCUGCCGGUCGCUUUCCAGCCCAAAAUGAUCCUCCCGGCUCUCCCCGCCAGCCGCGUCCGGAAGGUUCCUGUCCCCAGGGGGUCCCAGAAAAAGAAGAGCCCCAAAGCGGCUCCGUUGCUGAAGGCCGCCCCAGUGCUUCAUCCAGCCCCGGUCAUCUUCACCGUUCCCGCUGGGACAGUCAAAGUCUUGGGCCUCGCCAACGGCUGCAACGUGCUCCAGCCGCUUUCGGCCACAGCCCAGGCGGUCUCGGCACCCCAGUCUAUCCCCAUCACCACCCUGCUGGUAAACCCCACGCCUUUCCCCUGCCCGCUCAACCAGCCAGUGGCAACUUCUCCUCCCUCUGCCCUUCCCUUGGUGGUCACCUCCAGUUCAGGCCCUCCCCCGGCGUCCGCGAUGACCAAAGACGCGGAGAGGUGUACUCCGCCGGCCAGCAAAAUAGCGCCCGGUGGGGAUAUUCCAGACCCUGACCAGUCCAGCCCUCAAAAGGUCCCAGGAGAAGCCGGCGGCCCGUGGUCCUCCGAGCUUCCCUCUGGGGUCCAGGCAGAACUUCCUAUCCAGGGUUACAUGGAGGGGGGAGAUGUUUUGGGCCCUUCUCCGUUCUCCCCCAUGGCGGAGUUAGGAGACUUGGUCAAGGUGGACUCGGACACCGCGAAGGAAAUAAUACCCUCUCCGGAAGCCACCCCUAUCCCGCCAAAUCCAUCUUCGGAAGGCUCCCCGAUGGAAGGCGAGCUGGUUUUGGGCCUCGGGCAGGGCCUGGAGGUUGAGACGGCCUCAGGAGUCCGGAAGGCGCUGAAGGAAGGGCAGAGCCAAGCGGGCUCCCAGGAGGAGGAGCAGGAGGAGGAAGACGAGGAGCAGGAGGCCACCAACUCAACCGGGCCACAAGCGGCCGAAGGAGGAAGUCGUCAUGCUUCCCCUGCCGACGCUGUCGGCAGCGCCGUGGCGGAUCCCGUCAGCUCCUCGGGAAAGGGGGAGGAAGUGGGGAACCGCCCCGAAGGGACGGCGUCAUCUGGCCAGGAGGGAGGAGGCGAGAAAGACGGUCUGGAGGAAGAGGAAGAGGAGGAUUUUGACGAUUAUAUCCAGGAUGAGGAAGACGAGAUGUCUUCGGCUUCGGAGGAAUCAGUGCUCUCGGUGCCAGAACUUCAGGUAAGACCAGGCUAGGAUCC